UAAGGGUCACGGGUCGGUACGGAUACCCGCCCCGUCUCUCACGCCUCCAUCUCCCUCAGUUCUCUCACGCCUCCUUCUCACGUCUCCCUCAGUUGUCUCACGCGGCGCCUCCCUCUCCCUCAGCCUCACUCUACGCCGCUCCAACUCAGCCGUGCGUAGCGUCCACCGGAGCUCCGAUCACAGAUUCACAAGGUUUGUUUCUCUCUCUUUCUCUCUCUCUCACUAACAUAAUACCCGAACCCUAGAAAACCCACCUACUGUUUCUUCUCUCAAACCCAUGAAGACGGUCAUAGGUGAGGUCCGCUUGUCGAAGCCAAUCUCGCUCAAGAAGGCCACCUCGACUCUCUCCACAUUCGUCUCCACCGAGAACGGCGCGUCUCCGGCCGUAUGCGCCUACCUCCGACGCGCCCUUGCCUCUUUCAAGGACUUGAGGCAGCACGAGAAGGAGCUCGGAGGUACACGGUCCGAGCAGAGGCACUACCGGCCCAAAUCGGAGACCCUCAGCGAUGUGAGUCAAGCACGGAGUCACAAACAAAUAAGAGAUUGGCUGGAGAGUAAUAUUACCGGCGGAAACGGGAUAGAAAGGGACGAGAAACCUACCCGGAUCGUCGUUUCGGGUCAGGAAAUGGGUCAAGGGGUUGGAGACGAGGGUAAGAGAGAGAAGCAUUGGAAGAAUAAGCAGAAGGGCGAGUUUGGUAAAUUUGGGGAGAGUAGAGGCACUGAAAUUAAAGUGAAAAUCAAGCCUGAAGAGAAUCCGGGAGGAAGCAAUGAGGGUAAUGUGGGAAUGGAGAGCGAGACAAAGAAGCACAAAAUGAAGAAGAUCUUCGCCGAAGAGAUUAUUAAAGAAGAAAGUAAAGAAAUAGGUUUAGCCGACUCGUAUUCGGUGGAACCAAAGAGCUAUAAAAGGAAGAAGGAGGAGAAGAAGGAGAUAAACGAAGGUGGUGAUUUUAAGAAUAAUGGGAUUGCAGCCGAGAGCGAUUAUAGGGGUAGAAUGGGAAUUGUAGAAGUAAAGGAGGAGGAGAGCAAGAAGAGGAAGAAUAAGGAGGUUGAGGAGAUAGCAGAGGAUAUUUCGGAGGAGCAGAGGGAUAAGAACAAGAAGAAGAGGAGGAAAACUGAGUGAGAUAGAUUGAGUAUGGUUAGCAAUUUUGCUGGUGUUGUAUUUGGAAACUGGUGAAGAUUUUUUUUUCAAAGCAAUCCAUUGGCUCAGCUUGGCUAUAAGGAUAACUUUUUGGUGUAACCGGUAAUUUUUAUUUUGAUGUAAUAUUGAGGGAUUAUUUUUCUUAGUAGCUAUUGAUUGCAAUGAGAUUUAGUUGAUGGUUAAUGUUA